GAUUUCUUUCUGAUUACUGUGUUUGCUAGUUUCCUAGUAGUUUUUUGGAUUUGCAGUUGUGGACCACUUUCCUGAUGAUGAUAUUGAAGAAAUUGAAGAUUUUAGACUUGGGAAGGUACAUAGCCUUUGAUGAAUAUGAAGGGAUUGAGGUGGCAUGGAACCAGGUGAAGCUAAACCUGGUAUUCAAUCAGCUGAGUCAGAAUAUUCCAUUCUCCUUUGCUUCCUUGAAAUCUCUCCGUUAUUUGAAUCUGAGUCACAAUUCCCUCUCUGGUUCCAUUGGGGACAUAUUUACUGGUCUGAAGAAUCUAAAACAAAUCCAAGUAUGCUAAUGGGCUAAGUUUCUUCAAUCUAUCCAAUUUUUUUUAUUGCAAUGUGAGUUGAUACCAUUAACGAUCCAUGGUUAAUUCUGUCAGUGACCUGCAGAGCAACCAAUUUACUGGAUCAGUUAACUUCUUGGCUGGUCUCCCUCUAUCAUACCUGUAUGUCUUGAACUAAGUGUCUUACUUUGUAUGGAUUGUCUAUUCUUCAACACUUUUUAAGCCUAAGUACAAAGUUCUGAUUUUAACUGCUCUUUUAGUUUCAGUAGUGUAUUGAUUUUGAGAUGAAAAGCUAUUGUGAUUAGGCCUUUCUAUUCUAAUAAACAUAUUAGUCAAGGCUAGUAAUAAAUCAUGUACUAAUCUUAUGUAUUAAUGAGAAAAGAGAUUCGUGAUGGAAUAAGUUUGGUGCUUUCUUAGCAGCGUAUUAAUGUGUAAUGUACAGGUACAGUUCAGUGCUGGAGAGUCCACUUCUCUCUUUGGUAGAAAUGAUUCAAGGGCAUGCCUGGAAACAGCAUGUCCAAAAAAUCAAAAGCGCCCUUAUAAUGGAUUGCUUAUGAUUCUAACGAAUCACUUUCAACAGAUGAUCCUAACCAUCCAUCCAUGGCAUACAACUUGGAUAAGAGAUGGUCAUAAAAAAAUAGACGGCUACUUUUCAGGUGGAUAGGAUCAUCUGACUGGUGUGAUUCUUUCAGGGUGUCCCAUAGGUUGUAAGUUUGUAACUAUGGACAGUCCAGAUUCAUUCC